CGGCGACAUAUCAUGGAGCGCAGCUUGACCUUCGCCGUGAAACGCUACCUGGAUCAGAGUCUGCAUAGCACCGCAGUCUUCUUGGCAGAGAGACUUGUCGCGGAGCAUGCUUCUGAUGACAAUAUUGGCUUGUUGGCAGAAGCAUACCAUCGUUCAGGAGCCGGCUAUCGAGCAAUUGCACUCCUCGAGCGUCAUGCGACACCAAGCCAAAGCAUCUUAUCAGCACAAAACAGAUACCUCCUGGCGUUAUGUUGCUAUGAAGGUGGUCGUCUUACCGAUGCAGAGAAUGCGUUGCUGCAGUCCAAGCCAGCACAACACGUGGGAGGUGGUGCAAUUGUCAAGUUGAACGUUCCCAACGGAGCUUCUGGGCUCUUCCUCCUCGGGCGCAUCUACCGCCGUCUCCACCGCAAUGACCAAGCAAUCGAAUGCUUCAAGGAGAGUUUACACCAAGAUCCGUUCUUGUGGUCGGCGUUCGAGAACCUUUGCGAAUUGGGCUGCGAAGUGCCAGCGUCGUCCUUUUUCAAUGUUCGUGGGCCUACAGACCGGUUGGACGAGAACUUGCGGCCGCCAUCCACGCCACCUUCUUCGUUGGAUGUUCACUCAACCGCGAGAUCGGUCAGCAGCGGCCACUCUCAACGCCGAGGAAAGAAAGCCAUGAGUCGUACUUUCACAGAGCAAGAUGCAGAUCGAACGGCAAUGCAAACCGCACCCGACCAGCGCCGCGCGCUUCGUGAUUCAAAGCACUCUGAUUCAUCUGGCGAUUUGGAAGUGAUGCGGUUACUGCAAGCAUGUGGGGAGGCAUACCAAAACCUGUGCCUGUAUCAAUGCGCCGACGCUUUGCAUCACUUGGCGUCGCUGCCACCGCGCCAGAUGCAGUCUGCUUGGGCGCAGCAGCACAUAGGUCGGGCACACUUUGAAAUGGCGCAAUAUCCGCAGGCCGCGCUUGCAUUUGAAACGCAAAGAGCGCUGUGCCCGGACCGACUCGAUGGCAUCAGCAUUUACUCGACGACUCUGUGGCACCUCAAGCGCGACGUUGAUCUGUCGUACUUAGCCCAGCAAGUCACCGACAUGGACAAGGCGUCGGCGGAAGCAUGGUGCGUCGCAGGCAACUGCUUUAGUCUGCAGAAGGAGCACGACGUCGCGCUCGAUUUCUUCACACGGGCCAUUCAAGUGGACCCGACGUUCCCGUACGCGUACACGCUGGCAGGACACGAGUACGUGGCGAACGAAGACUUUGACAAGGCGAUGGCGUGCUUUCGGCAAGCAAUUCGCAUCGAUCCGCGCCAUUACAAUGCUUGGUGCGGGCUUGGCACGAUUUACUUUAAGCAGGAAAAGUUUCAGCUCGCAGAGUACCAUUUCGGUCGAGCGAUUGCUAUCAAUGCCCAAAGCUCGCUCCUGCACUGCUUCCGCGGCGUGGUCCUGCAUGCCAUGUCGAAAGACGACGACGCGCUGUUGGCUCUCGAGAAUGCGCUCGCGCUGCACCCGAUGAACGUCGUGGCGCGCUACCACAAAGCAAAUAUCUUUGCCCUGCACCAUCGAUUCGAAGAGGUUGAGCACAAUUGCAGUGUGCUUCAACGCAUGGCACCGUCGUCACGAAUGGCACGAGUAGGCGCUGGAGGAAUUGCACAUGGUCCAAGACGCUGCUCCAAAGGACUACACGGUGCAUUUCACCUUGGGCUCGGUCUACGCCAAGCUCGGUCGGACCGCCGACGCGUUGGGUCACUUGAACCAUGCCCUUGUGCUUGGUCCAAAGGACUGCCACGGCGACGUGAAGGCAGCCAUCGAAGCGCUGUACGAGAGCAAUGACGACUGAUAGGCACAUCCAAUGGACGAUGCACCAACGACCUUCAUGUGGCGAGGAUUAUUCGUGGAGACAGCUAAGAAUGCAAAUCGCUUGAUUGUAUGAGAUCGGGUAUCGCGUGCGCUACUUCUUUUUGGCGUUGAACACGACAAUGAU